AUUCGAUCUGUUAUUCAUGCACUUGAGCUAUUCAUAAUUUAACUGUCUUGUUUAUUAAACAAAUUCAUCUUGUUGAAGUAUGACUGGUUAAAAAUACAUUUUAUUUAUUGUAAGCGUUCGUCUUUUGGAACUGAGAGGCGCGUCCUAGAAUUGCUGUCUAUGUAGGCAGCUCAGUAGGAUUGAAGACAGAGCCAUUUGAGAGAGAGCGUCUGUGGCACAUGGGCUUUAUGAGAUCGCUCGCUCAGAAGCGUUCUAAGGGACUAACGUUAAUCUAAUCCGCGUCGCACAGGCGUCAGCUCUUACCGUCAACAGCAGGCAAUCAUGACUAUAGACGCGUCCGUUAUCUUGACCGCACUUUUCUUUACAAUUAUUGCCAUUAUAGUUGCAUCGGCGUUCCUGGCGAAGAAACCUGCGCAAAAGAAAGAGCAGAAACAGAGACAGCAUGAGGAGAAAUCAGAGCGGGUUACUGAUUAUCACCAGCCCAUGGUAGAGCAGCCAGCUCCAGCUCCGAAACAGGAUGUGAUUAUUGAAAAGAAAAGGGAAGAACCCGUCUCUGUCGUGGAAGCUGAAGUCAUCCCCGUGCAACAAACACCUGUGCAGGCAGAGGUAAAGGCUGAGGAGGAGAUAGCUGUUGAGUCAAAAAAGGAAGAGUAUGCUGCAGUCUCGCCUGUAAUCGAGGAAGUUGAUGUUGUUGAGGAACAGCCUGUGGUUGAACCUGAGGUCGUCCCCUUGCAAGAAACACCUGUCCAGGCAGCUCCAGAGCCUGAGCCUGAGCAAGUACCCGCACCAGUAGAAGAACCAGUGCCUGAACCAGUGAAGGAGUCUGUCCCAGACCCCGAACCAGUCCCCGAGGUGCCCAUCCCUGAACCAGCAUCUGAACUCACCCCAGAACCAGAUUCUGUUCCAACUCCUGAACUGGUGCCUGCACCCAUCACAGAGCCAGCGUCCGCACCAGCCCCUGAAGCAGCGCCUCUGCCUGUCCCUGAGACCUCACCAGUUGCCCAAUCUCUUCCAGAGGUCCUAGAGAAUAAUGAUGUAGCAGCUGCUUUACUGACAGAUGAGCUCGAGACCCCCGCAGUAGUGUCCGGUAACAGGAGGAUGACCAAGGAGGAGAUGGAAGAGGAGCAGAGGAUAGAGUUCACAAAUGACUUUACAGCUCUUUAAACAACACCAGGCAGUAUGCCUGUGUCAGAACACUGAGAUGCUGAGUAAGCAGAAGUCAGAGCAUGGGGGGAAAAAUGCUCCAUAUAAUGAACAUUGAGGACCUUUGAGGAGUGACUUCUUUGUGCUUUUAUUCUUGUUUUCCUCUUUGUUUUCGGCCUGUGAAUACCUUCUUAAAGCAGAAUGCCAAAGAACAUAAGAUUAUCCCUUUUUUACAGCUAUAUACAACUGUGGCCCUUAGACUAUGAAAAGCCUAUUAGAACACUGUUAUAGUUUACAUACAGUUCAUUUGGUGUACAAUUCAGAAACUCUUUUGCAAAAGAAAUGGAGGGAACUUCUUUCUUAGAUCUGAAUAUGGAAUUCAGAAAUGGAGAUUUCUAAGUGACACAAAAUACUCUUCUGCCUUUGAGCAUCAUGUGUCCUUGAGUCAGCCAAUCAGCAUUCAGUCUCACAUUCUGCCCACCCUGCUCUUCUGAAAUAUAAUUGCACCCUCUUGUGGACUUGCACUGCAGAUGAAAUGUAAAAGCAUGUGGAUUUUUAUUGUUGUUAUUGGAUGUUAAGUAAAAAAAUAAGGUGAAUCUAAUCAAAUACAAAAGAGAGACAUUUCAUACCAGAAUCAUAAGAGAAUGGAUUUGUUUGCAUUAAAAAAAGGAAAAUUUUACUCUCAUAAAUAUGGUGAUGCAUUUAAUUACUGGUUAUACAACAAACACUACCACGUUUACCAUUUUUUUUUCUGCAAUUUUGUAAAGAGAAUAUAAUUUAGAUUUUUCAAAGAAAUGCGACUUUGAUAGGGUUUUGUGAGAUUCACUCUAAUGGCUUUUGUAAAAUCAAUAAAGAGCUGAAUU